GGAGGAUGAUGCUCUGACCCGCCGCUGGAGGGCAGAUUCCUCCAAGAGGGAACCGGAAGUUGAAGCGGAUGUACAUUUGUAUCUUCGCACGAAGAAGAAGCCGAAAGAAAACAAUCACACACCGGUGUGGUUGUUGUUGUUGUUGUUGUUUCUUGUCGUUUUCAGCACAUCUUUCACAUUAUUGCGCAGUUUUGACCAAAACGACACAAUGCCCGUUAUCUGUGCGGCGAUAGGCUGCAACAACAAGUUUGUCAAAGGCUCGGAAAUCCGGUUUUACAGGUUCCCACUCAGCAAACCUCAACUUGCCAGCAAAUGGGUGCACAGCCUUGGGAUGAAAAACUUCAUCCCGACUGCCAACACCUGCCUCUGCUCGGAGCAUUUCAGGGCCGACUGCUUCAGGGACUACAAUGGCAAACAGUUUCUGAGGGAGGAUGCGGUGCCCACCAUAUUCUCCCAGGGGCAGGAUACAUCAAAGAUUGAACUUCGUAAAAGAGGGGUGGUACCAAAGGAGACGAAUGUCGCCAAUCAGAUCGGAACACAAGCAGACAGAGACCGAGUGAGAGAGGCCGUCAGUCUACGCAGAGACAAAAGAGGAGGAAUGAGGGGUGGACGAGGAGGCCGUGGAGCAAAACAGCUGUCUGAAAGACAGCCCUUCGGAGCCAAGAGCAGAGUGUACGACAACAAAGGCCGACUGCUGUCCAACAGCAAGGACAUGUGUGACUGUCUGGAUGUGGACUGUAUGGGCUGCUUCUACCCCUGCCCAGACUGCGGAUCACGCAAGUGUGGAGUCGAGUGCCGCUGCGACAGGAAGUGGCUCUACGAGCAGGUGGAGGUGGAGGGCGGAGAGAUCAUCCGGAACAAGUUUGUCAUUUAGAGGGCUUCUGGUUGGUCCAUUAAAAACUGUGAUGCCUUUUUAAAAGAAUCGUCCACAACGUUCACCGAUAUUUAUCAGGUUUUACUAAGCUACUGCCUGUGGUAGAAAACUAUGCAGAACAAUGUAAGUAUUCUGCUGAAUGUAGGAUGUGUUCUUUGUUGCUCUUAAAAAUGUUGUUCUGAUCUCAUUUCAAGUUUUUUUUUUUCCUGUUCCUGUGUUCUUCAGUUAAAGGGACUGUUUGUAAGAAUCAGAAAAGCUUGUUAACAGCGACACCUGUGGCCGUUAAGUCAACGAAAGUCAGCGUCGGGCUC